CCUAAGACCAUGGAGCCCCUGCCGCUGCAGGACUUCGUGAGCCGCCUGGACCCCGCCUCCCUUCCGCGCGUGCUGCGGGUCUGCUCCGGAGUCUACUUUGAAGGUUCCAUCUACGAGCUUUUUGGCAAUGAGUGUUGCCUCUCCACAGGGGACCUGAUCAAGGUUACCCAUAUUCACCUCCAGAAGGUGGUCUGUGAAAACCCAGAGACGGGUCAGACGUUGGAGCUGAACCCCAACUUCUCAGGCCUCUUCAGCACACUCACCAGCCUGCAGAGCUACACAACCCUGGAGGAGCUCAUCUCUGCCGUGCCCCAGACCUCCACACAGUGGCCUAUUUGCUUCAAAUCAACUGGAAGAAUUGUCACAGAGGCCACGGUGGUGCCUGCGAACCAGCUGCUCAGGCUUGAAGCUGUGGAAAUACACCAUGGGACCCACUAUGCAUGCUGUGUCCAGGACUCAAAGACCCACGAGAUCAUCCAUUAUUUACCCCUUUCCCAGAAGGGACCCUUCUGGAGAUGCAAGCCUGGUGGUCCACAAACCCUGCUCCAAAUCCUGCAGGACCCAGCUAUGCAGGACUUUGUAUUCACCUGCCCCAUCCUACCCUGGCGCUCUGUGAUCCUGAAGUCCCAGUAUAUGCUCCAAGCCGUGAUGCACAUGCGCCCCACCAUCGUCAAGAUCCCAUCCACCCUGGAGGUGGAGGUAGAAGACGUCACCGCCUCUUCCCAGCAUAUCCAUUUCAUCAAACCAUUGCUGCUGAGUGAGGUCCUGGCCCAGGGAGGCCCCUUCCCUAUGUCCACAGAGAUCCUGGAGGUGCCUGAGGGCCCGCCCAUCUUCCUCAACCCGUGGGUGGGCUUCCUGCACAAAGGCCAGAGGCUCUGCAUCUACGGGCCAGCUUCACCACCCUGGAGGGUCGUGGCCUCAAGCAAGAGCCGAAGAGCCCCCAGAUACUUUAUUCUCUCUGGGGCCUACCAGGGCAAGCUGAGGCGGAGGCCAAGGGAGUUCCCCACAGCCUAUGACCUUCUGGGUGCUCUCCAGCCAGGCCCACCCCUCCGGGUGGUGGUCACAAAAGACUGUGAUGGGAACGAAGAGGAGAAUCCUGAAUUUUCUUCCCUGGCCGUGGGUGAUCGACUGGAGGUGCAGAGGCAAGGCCAGGUCUGUGGGACACAGGGCCAGGACAUUGAUGUCUUGAUAUGUCAGCGGCUGGGUGAGCAGGCCUGGGAGGACAAGGAGGAUUUGGAAGAGGAGGAGGAGAACAAAGAACAGAUUCUGCUACCCCUCUACCUCUUUGGUGCCUUUGUGGAGGAGGUGAACGACAGCCGGCGGUAUAGCCUAGCAGAUCUCACUGCACAGUUCUCCCUGCCCUGUGAGGUCAAGGUGGUAUCCAAGGAUGCUCAGCACCCCACUGACCCUCUGGUCUCCUUCCCUGGCUUGCGGCUAGAGGAGAAAAUCACAGAACCCUUUUUGGUGGUAGGCUUGGACUCACAGCCAGACAUAUGCUUUGAGAUCCCUCCCCGGUGGCUGGACCUCACUGUGAUGGAAGCUGAGGGGCAGUCAGGCCAGGUGGCUGAGCCACGCUAUGUCGAUAGGGUGGAGGAACUGUCAGAAGGCUUCUACUACAGUCUCCGGAAGCUGCCUGCCUCUGAGAGUCAAGCUCCCCCACCCAGGCCUCCAAAGAGCAAGAGUGUCCGUGAGCAGAAGCAGAGAAUACAGAGCUGCAAGGAGGCCGGUGUGAAGUCUCAAGUUAUAGAACAAAAGCAGUCCUACCCACAGCCUGUACCCAAGGCGAAGACCUUGGAAAAGCUCCCUAAGGACAAAUCAAAUCUGUACAGCAAGGUUUCUGUCCACAAGAAAGACCUUAAAUCCAAAACCCAAACACAGGAUUCAGUGCUGGGCAUAAAACCCAAAUCCUCGAGCAUGCUAGGCAAAUAUUCUAUCACUGAAUCAUAUCCCCUGCCUGACUCAGAAGUGGAUGACCACGACUAUGAAGAGAUUUGAGGUGUGGGGAAGCCACACUUCCCAGCUGCUCCUGCACAUGAAGUUGGGAGACCUGGGGCAAAGUCUCAGAUGCAGAUAGAUACAGAAAUGAAAUGGGAGACAUUAUCCCUACCGCCUUUGGGUUUCAGAUUCUUGCCUCUGCCUGGUCCCAGAGGGUUGCAUGUGAUGUUCCCACCAAUGCUUUGGUGUCCAGAGAAGCCAUUCAAGUUCUGUUCACUCCUGUGCGCAUCAGUUGUCCCACAACUGGGCGCAGAGAAGAAUCAAAUAAGGCCACCAGCUUCAGCAAUGCCUGCCUCACGGUAAAGGGAACUCAGUCUUCAUUGCACACCCAUUGUUUGCCACCUCCUUUGUUCCUCCACUUCUGCAGUCCAGGCUCUGGGGUCUGGGGACAGAGUAUUCUCGGGCUGGUAGAAUUCAGCUCAUGGCAGCACCCAGUCAAUGGGCUUGUAGGAAUAAAUAUGGGAAUUUGCCUCCAAGAACAAAAUCUUAGAUAGGACUUUAGUUCUUAAAAUCUGAUAAUGGAACUAGGAGGGCUCAUUUACAAAGAUGGAAGGACCAGAGAGAUGGCUCAGAUAUUAAGAGCCCUUUGCUGCUCUUACAGAGGACCCAAGUUCAGUUCCCAGCACGUAUUUCAGGUAGUUCCUAACUGCCUGUAACUCCAGCUCCAGGGCAUCUAAUACCUGCUUCUGGACACUGCGGGCACUGCACUUAUGUGCACAACCCUGCCCUCUCCACACACAAAAAUAAUAUACAAUUAAAAAACUUAAAGCUGGGUUUGGUGAUACACAACUUUAGUCUCAGUACUCUGGGGGAGGCAGAGACAGGUACAUAUCUGUGAGUUCGAGGCCAGUCUGACCUACAUAUUUAUUAAGAAAACAACAAAAACCCAAGAAACUACGGAGACUCAAAGCUGUGGAAAUCUUUGUGAGGGUGCCAGAUCCACUAGAGCUGGAGUUAGACAGGUGUAAGCUGCCAUGUGGGUGCUGGGAAUUGAACCCAGGUCCUCUGGAAGAACAGUCAGUGCCUUUAACCACUGAGCCAUCUAUUCAGUCUCAUGGCAUGCUUUGAGUGGUAUUGUGACACUGUUAAAGAAAGCUGCUAGGUAACUACUGAAGAUCAUUUCAUGCUGAAGCCACAGAAUAAAAAUGGCAUGUGA